AUGGCGCCUAGAAUAGACCUGCUGCAGCGGCUGGGCACAGUCAAUUUGUGCCUGCGGCCUGCGACGACACCGACGACACAGGCCUUCCUCCCCCUCGUCCAAAAGGCCAAUCUCUCCAUGCGAGAGAAGAAGAAGAAGGCAAAGCAGGAUCCGUACAAGUGGGCGCAGGCCCAGCAGCGCAAAGCCGCCAACCUCAAGAGGCAGGACGAGCUCCAGAAGCAGCGGGACGAGGCAUGGGGGGAUCCCGUGCGAGGGAGAUUGACGCCGUUCCUCGAGUCCCUCGACUCGGCUGGCCAGAGCCCGCUGAGCGCAGUGCCCAGAGACGCAAGCGGGAAUGCCCUCGAGGAGCCAAGAGACCUGCCCACGACGCCCGGGCUGCGCAACCACUUCCUUAGCGAUGCUGAGCUCGAGGAUGCGGUCAAGCACGCCUAUGCCCUGACGAAGCCCAUGGUCGGGGUCGUGGAAUCGCAAAUGGACCCCAGCACGGAGGAGGAGAGGAAGCAAGCACACAACCAGAAGCACCAGAAAGCCGUCGAGGCCCUGCGGAGGAUCACGGCUUUGAGCAACGGCAGCGCACGGGACCGAUUCCACGCCAACGUCAGACGCAUCGUUGAUGAGUUUGGACGACACAACACCGACACAUUCCUCAAGCCAAAGCCGCAGUCCAUUUCGCCAAACACCACACCAAUGCCUGGCCGUGCCGGUCCAGACACUGGCAGUUCAGAGGUGCAGAUCGCCAUCCUGACUGCCAAGAUUAGAGCAGUCUCCGAAGGGCUGGCAAUCAACCGAGGUUACAAGGACAUGCACAACAAGAGGAAUUUGAGAUUGCUCGUACACAGGCGCCAGAAGCUGCUGCAAUACAUGGAGCGGAAAGAGAGGGGCAGUGAGAGGUGGACAAACAUGCUUGAGAAGCUGGGUCUCACGCCUGCCACAUGGAAGGGACAAAUCGAUAUGUGA